GUAACCGCCGUCAACAAACAAAGCCUCGGGCCACGCAACACAGCCAAGACCACGAAGACUUCUACCUUUGUGUUGCCUCUCUGUGCCUGCCCCGCCCCGUCCCGCCACCACACACCCCCCAGGGCCCUGAGACGCACAAUGAACGCCGGUGUGAAGUGGUCGGAUGAGUCAACAAGGGAGUUCAUUCAGCUGCGAUAUAAACUGCGCCACUUGUUCAACGGCAAGAAGCACCAGUGUGAGAAGGCGUACAGUCGUAUUGUGGAUGAGCUUGGUCUGAGGAAUGUCAUCUCCCCCACACAGGCCAGGAAGAAAUGGUCCAAUCUGCUUCAAAAAUAUAUGGACAUCAAGGGUGGGUACUCUACAUCCAGCCCUGAGUGGCCCUACUUUCAAAUCCUGGACCAAAUUGUUCCACUGAUGCGCAAAGAGAAGAUUGAGAAGCUGUCCCCGUCUGCCGCUGACCCAAAGGACCCUGACAGCCACGAGAGCCUUCCCAGCCCCCUCACUGCCCGACCCGACACCCUCACCAUGCCAGGAGUUCAGGGGAGUGCUGGUGAUGAUAAGUGCAAGGCAGAGCUGGCCGACACAGGGGAGCCACCAAGGAAGAGAGGAAGGGGGCGGCGGGCGGCUCAGCGUGCCCGGGACCGGUGGUGGGGGGCGGUGGAGGACAGUGACCUUGGCUCAGACACUAUUACCUCAGCGGGCCGCACUGACCUGCCUUCCCAACUGGCCUGCAAGUCUGCCGUGGAUGGUCUGGAGGCCUCACAGAUGGAGCUACAGACCUUCAGCAUGCUGGAGUCCUGUGCCACUGCCCUCACCGAGAUCAGGGACAUCCUCAAGGCACAUACACAGCAGCAGGAGCGCUUCAUGCAGAGCCUCCAGCAGACAGUGAGCAGCCACAGCAGUACAGUGAAGGAGGUGCUGAAUACAGUGUCCUCCCAGAAUUCAACACUCAUCAGCCUCCUCACUCACCUCACCAAGAACACUCACACACCCAUGGCUACCACCCCAGGAAGCAGCUUUAGUGGGGAGAAGCUGCAACAACACUCAGCCAGCCACAAUCACCAGGGGGAAGGGCAGCUGUUAACCUCCCAGCAGAACCUCAUCAGUGCCUUGACACAGCGGCAGCAGGGAUGUGAUAGCCCGCUGGUAGAGGCAACUGAACUUACAGACUCCAUCACUGGCUUGUAGAGGAACUGUGGAGUGGAAAUGAGGGAAAUAUGGCCAAAUUUUUAGUGUUUUUUGUUAGGAGUGAGUGAAGGAGAUUGGGAAGGAGUGGAGGAAUGUGAAGAGAGAAUGAUGUAUGGAGGGAAUAAAUUUGUGAGUGGAGAGGAGAUAAAUGAAAGAGAAAAGGGAGAUGUGAAAGGAUAAGUGGAGUAAUAAG